UUUUUAUAUCUGAAUAAUUCAUGUGUCGGAAUAAGGCGGAUUAAAUCAACAAGGAAACCUUCAUCUGUAAAUGUUCAGAGAUUGAAAGAAAACCUUAGUGUGACCUUCUGAAAGCCAGAGAAAGGAGGUAAUACUUUUAAAAGAUUGCAGGAAUGUAACAGAGGGAGGAUUUUUACACAACAAAGUUGCUAUCUUUUUCCGGAUGAAUUUACGUUAUUUAUUUUCUGUCAGGCUCUUAAAAUUACAUGAGACGCACUUGAGCGGAUUGUGCUUGGUUUAUUUGAGUCUGCGAGUGUGAUUGCAUGCCCGAGCGGCAGAGAGUAGACCAUUUAUAGGCCUGCUGUCAUUAUAGCAGGACAGAUUAACACCUUCUGCAUGACAGUAAGGACUUUACAAUAGCUUACCUUAUUGGGGAGAAAGACCAGGACAACUACAAGAGACCUGCAAGUGGUAAAACACUCAACCAAACAUAGAAACCAGAAGACAGGAUCAAAAUCCUAAUUUCAAACAAAACCUGCCAGCUGGAUAAUUAAGUAAGGCAGGACACAAACCCAAACAUACAACCAGAGAUACACUUGAAUGUUUCAUACCAGUGCAGUUUCAGCAUCUGGAUUGGCCCAGUCUAAGUCCCAAUCCAAUUUGAUUCAAGAAUCUUUGGUGAGGCUUGAAAAUUUAUGUUCACAGACGCUGUCCAUUUUAAAAGAAGAAAAUUUAAAAUCUUGAGCUUUACGUACCCCAAAGGACUUGCAAAGGGUGGCUAGAUGCGAAGACAUACCAAACGUUUCAGACUUGGUGCAGGAGAUUUUCAAAACCAUAAUUUUCUUUCCAUUUUAAAAAUACUCCACUUCAUCUUUUAUAUCACAAAAUUCAGAUAAAAUUCACUAAAAUGAGUAAAUAUAACAUUAAAGAAUGUGGACAAGUGAAAGGGUUGUGAAUAUAAGCUCAAUAUAUUUAUUCAGCUGAUCAUUUGUUGUUUUUCCGGUUUGUCCAAACGGUCUGUUUAUUUUGCAGGAAAUUUUCCUUUAAUUUAAUUGUGCUUCUUCUGAAUUAGCCCUUAGAACUUGUUGACUUAGCAGGAAGCUGUUUCAAUUGGGGAACUAGGCAAUAAAAGCAAAUCGGACAUGUUAUCACGCUUUCUUCUUCCAAGCACUGGUGCACGAGAACGUAGCCGCGUUCACCUUCAGGUGCCUGCCGGCCUCGCCGCACCUGUCGUAGGUUAUCCUGAAAUGGCCCCUGUCUGAUCCAGCAGAUGAGACCCCCCACACGUAGAAAAAUCCAGGCCAAUCCCAUGUCGAGGAAUUAAAACAAAGUGUUGCUGCACCGUCUCCCGGUCUGUCUGUGUUUAUGAUCCGAGCUUGCGCACUGAGCGCGUCCAUUGUCUGGUCAGGAGCAGCAGCAGCAGCAUCGGCGGCGUGGAGCGGAGAGGAGCGCCCGAUCUGAGCGCAGGGGAGCGGCUUCACUGUGACCCCGAUCUCCGGGGAGGGGGGCAGGAGGAGGAGGAGAAGAGGUGUCCUCUGGUUGGAGCUCACCGGACCGGACCAGCGCUCGGCGACGACGUCAUUUAUUUCCAAGACAGACCAUCUUUUAUUUAUUUAUUUUUUCUGUCGAUCAGACAGACAGCAACAGUUGUCACGAUGUCUGAGAUCAGAUGAGUGGAGAGCGGCGGAGUAAAGACUGCGGCGCUCUUGUGAUCCGGACCGGCCGGGGUGAUUCAGCCGUCUGAAGCAGCUGGGACAGCGCGGGGGAGCGGCGGGCAUCUGUUUAACCUUGCAGGGAUUUGGUUCGGCUCGGCAGCCACCCCCUCCGGUUGUGUCGAGGUUAUCUAUUUUAAUUACAAUAUAUUAAUUUGUCUGAGGGUGAGGUGAAUCCAGACGUCAGGGCUGGCUCAUGUUCCGCUCGGCAGGGAAACGGGCUGUUGCGUCUGCAGAGAGUCAGAGCUGACGAGUCUGCUGAGACACACGGACAGACAGACAGGCAGGCAGGCAGGCAGGCCGAGAGACAGACAGGAACGAGGGGAGAGAAGGGGGGGCACAGCCUGUUUGGGCUUCCUCGACCCCUUUACGGAUCGAGCCACCCAGAACCCCCACCCAUUUCUCUCCCGCUUUGGAUGGGGGGGAAGCAGAGCACGGCAGGGCGGCCCCGGGGUGCUUUUCCCGGCGUCUCUUCGGAUGACAGCGCGGUGCCACCCUCGGCCCACUUUGGUCACUACCGACCGAGCGGCACCAUGGGCCUGCGGAGCCGCUCGGUGAGCUCCGUGGCCGGGAUGGGCAUCGAUCACAGUCCCGCCGUGCCCUUCGGCUUCUACACCCCAAGAGGGACGGACUCGGACCGAGCCGGAGGAGUGUCUGGGGGCACUACAGCGGCCCCCCACGGAACCGGCUACCAGGACUCUGGGGGCGGCGGGCAUCACACGGACGGGGUGCUCUAUUUGGGGUCCCGGGGGUCGCUGGCUGACACCUUACCCCUGCACAUUGCACCCCGCUGGUUCAGCGCUCACAGCGGAUUCAAGUGUCCUGUCUGCUCCAAGUCCGUGGCGUCCAAUGAGAUGGAGGUCCACUUCAUCAUGUGUCUCAGCAAACCUCGCCUCUCCUACAACGAUGAUGUGUUGGCGAGGGAUGCCGGCGAGUGUGUGAUCUGUCUAGAGGAGCUGCAGCAAGGGGACACCAUAGCCAGACUGCCGUGCCUCUGCAUCUACCACAAAAGCUGUAUAGACUCAUGGUUUGAGAUCAAUCGGUCCUGCCCUGAACACCCCUCUGACUGACCGACCACCUGGCCCACUCUGAGUACUCUUCAAGGACAUAUUAGGUUCCUGCCAUGGACAUCUGGACACAGACGCUACCAAAUCUGAUGAAACAAUCAAAGUGAUCAUCGCAUACUCGCCGUGACGGAAACCAUAGUCCUAUCAGACAACUGUUCCUUGUAAACUAAACCAAAAAGAAAAUGUGACUUUCCAACCAUCACGCAUUAAAGGGUCUCUGUUAAGCUUUUUAUUUCGAAACCUGCUGAUGAUACUGCAUACAACUUGGACCCUCUCCCGCCUCCCUUCAGAAACCCCUCCAAAUCAAAGCAUGGUCUUAACGGGCCUCCCAUCUCGUCUCUGGAUCCAGGCCUGUCUGUAACUUGCGUCCAGUCCUCCCAUGGCCUUAACUGGGUGGGGAGUGGGGGGCGGAAGCGGGGCAGGGUGGGUGGAAGAGGAAAAGGAACCACAUGAGGAUGAAGGAGAGGGAGAGGCAGAAAACUGCAAACAGACCUGUACAUUAUUCAGUGCGCCUCUCAUCUCACACAAACAGGACUCCAGCUUGGUGGUGAUGUCUCAUAAAAGAUUGCCUCACAGUGCGCUCCUCUUUCAUGACCCUCAGUUCUGCGUACCUUCCGCACCAGAUUAACAACAUCAGAAAGUACAUAAAAUGCUUUUCAGAUUAGGUCAGUGCACAUCUGAGCAGGAAGAGAGAUGAAGUGGCACGUCAGCUUGUCCGGUGCGUUCGCUUGGUCUGAAGAUGGGUGUGGUGGGGUGGAGAAGAGGGGAACAGUCUGCACAUGCUCAGUAUCUGCUCAGUCCAGACUGGGAGGGAGGAGGGAGCCGGAAGCAAUGUAGUUUACGCCCUUAAAGCGUGUGUGUGUGUGGGUGUGUGUGUGCGCGUGUGCGUGUGUGUGUGUAUGGUUGGGAUGCUUCAGUGUCAGGCUUCACCGGUAGAGGUGGGUGUGCUGGCGUGUGUGUGUGCGCAUGUGUGUGCGCGCGUCUGCGUGUCCUUGGAUUGUGACAGGUUACUGAAGCCAUGUGUGUGUGAAAGGUCGUUGUAGAGGGCUGACUGGGACAGCGCUGUGUGUGUCUCUGUAUUGAAAUGUUUACAGUCUAGAUGUUCCCUGUGUGUGCAACUGGCAGUCCUCCCUUUACGUUGCUAAUGUUUACAGCUGCGGAGAAGCAACAUGACAUAUUGUAAAUUUCACUUGUAACCUCUCUCAGUUUUCUCUAUCAGAUCUGCCAGAUUUUUCAUGUAAAAAAUUAGUCAUUUCUUAAAGAGAGAGUCUGGAAUGAGCGCGAGUGCGAGACUGUGUCCAUUCAUAUGACUGUUUGCAUGGAAGGAUUACUGAGUGGACCCAGCCAGGUACAGAACCAGAAGACCCAAAUAGCCACAGACAAACGGAUAGUUUUUUGUUUUUUUCAUUUGGAGGCCCACUUACAAUUCAAAAAGAGAAACUGAUUUAUUAUUUGUCCAGCAGCCAGUCACUGAUACCUCCACAUGGAGAGUAAAGCAUAGACAGUAAUUGUGAAAGAAGCAUGCUGGUCACAGAGUGCUGUAUCCAAGCAUAUCACUGCAGGUGUUGUAAAAUCUGUCCAAGCAACAGGAAACUGCAGCCUUUUUUUUUUAUUGGUGUUAUGUAAUGUUCUUGCUUAGGAAAGGUCAUAACCAUCAAAAGAACCAACAAACAAACACUUGAAAUGUCUGUCAACACUUAAUCUGUUUAACACAGAUGCAAUAAAUGAGUUUUAUGUUUUUCUUUUAUGACAUUUUUUUUUCCUUUUCAUUUGAAAUAAAUAUUUUAUUAUACACCCAUAAAAAUUAACAACCAAUGCAUUUGUUAACAUGUCCUUUAAGAAUUUCAUAAAAUUUGCCGACACCUCAGGUCAUCUACCAAACCUAGAAAUUUAGAAUAAAAACUGAUAAAAACAGCAAAAGUAGAACAACGCCCAUAAGAGUCAAAUAAAAAUGUACAACAGUGCGGCAGCAUAGUUGGAUAAUAAUAAUAGCAUAUUAUUAUGCUAUUUCAUAAUAACAUGAAAUAGCAUAUUAUUAUUAAAAUAUCACAGUAUUUCUUGUGAAACUGAAGACUAUUUCUUUGUUUGGGAUUGAUCGUGAUUUAAUUAUGACUUAUCUUUUAAAAAGGCUUUUCUAAAAUUCUAACAUUACCAAAGUCACAGGAAUUGAGACAGGGUAUUUCACCAUAAAACUAGAGGGACAAGGAAACAUUGAUCUCAAGAAUGUCUUCGAGGUAUUUGGAAAAGACAUCUCACGAAAAGGUCAAAUCUGACUGUGGUCACUACAUCCAAUUGCUGUCGGCUUGUGACAUUGUCUGCUUCAAACUUGACCCUCUGUUGUUUCUAUAUUUGAGAACUUUUCUUUUAAAAUGAGAAAGUACGAGUUUUACCCGAAUAACCUAAAAGCAGAUAAGUAUUUAUAUAUCCCUGAUUGGUACAAAAAGUCGCAGGGCAAUGGCAUCUUUUUAUAUCGGAAACGGUUGAGUAUAAGAUAACUAAAUCUGCAAAUAUAUGUUCCCUCCUCUAACAAGGGAGAGUAAAAAUAAACAAUAAAGGCGCUUAAGAAAACUAGAGAGUCACUCAAAGCAAAAAUGGCUGCGAAAAGAUUCUGCAAAAACCUUUAGAAAUUUUUUAAAAUUAAUAAACAAAAAUUAGGACGCAUAACGCAACUGCAUUUGGAUUCUUCAAAAUGAUCCGUGUGACUUUCUCAGUCCUCUUUUCCUUGUUCUGUUCUCUGGUUGCUCUGUUGGCUCGUAAUCCCUCCAUGACUGUUUGUGCAUGUGUGUUUGCAAACCAAAAGGGGGCCUCUUGGUCUCUGCUACAGUCAGCUCCCCCACAUUGUUUCUGCUGGAAACAGAUGUAUCUGUCUGCGACUGGAGAUGCGAGGCACUCGGACCCUCAAAAGGACUCUUGUUGUUCCACUGUGCAGCCACUGAACGGGGCUUAUUUAUUCAUUUGUUCAUAUUUAACAACAUUUGUUUAAUAUUCCAAUCAUGUGAGGUGUUACUCACUCUUCAGAAUGCCAAGAGCUGAUGUGUGAAGACUACUACGAAUCAACGUACAAACUGCAUUUACAAUGCUACUGUAAACAAAUGGUGGAAUAAAUUGUGCUAGAUGAAAAAAGGAUUUUCCACUGUUUUUUUCCCCCUGCUAUUUCAAAUGUGUCUUUUACAGGAAGAUGAAUGCGAGUUUUAGUGGGAAAUAAAAUCAUUUUAAGUCACUGAAGGAAACUUGCAGAGUGGAGGCAUCACAGAUGAAGAGUUAUUUCUAAGAUCUGAAUGUGAGGUAACACAUGUUUAUCUUAUUUCAAUCUUCAACUACAUUUCCUAGAAAGCCCACUUCUCCGAAAAAGUGUAUUAAUAGUUUGCUUUUUUGCUUAGAGCGAAGUUGCACUACUUUAGAAAGCCUCCAAAGUGCUCAGAUGUAAGUGUUUCUGAGCUAAAAAAAAUCAGCAAGAGAAAAACAAAAUCACA